AUGAUUUACCCAUCUAAUCAUGUGGUUUGUUUUGACGGGGCACAGGGAAGUCCUCAUGGCCGGAACUCGUGGGAACAAAUGGAGAUUAUGCGGCUUCGUCGGGUGUCUAAGGAACUCAGGUGCGACCGCGUUAGGGUUUGGGUUGAUGGAAACCAUAUCGUCGUCAAAAUCCCUACCGCCGGCUAG